AUGGAGGGAGAGGCGCGGGCAGGAGGCUUAGCACCUGGGCCAGCAGCUGUGGAGGGUGCGCCGGGUCACCCAGCACUGCCGGCCUGCCGGGCUCGAAUUCUCGCCGGUCCCCCAGCACUGCAGCCCGCCAUGCCCAUGCUGGAGCCUCCCCUAGAGGUGCCACCCCCUGCUCCGCGGAACCAGGUCCCAUCAACCACCCAACGACUGAGGAGUGCAGGUGCCGGGCAGGACUGGCGGGCAGCUCCGCCCAAGGCCCUGGUGGUGAAGCUCUUCAUUGUCCUGACUCCACAGUUCUUGUCCCAUGACCAGGGCCGGCUCACCAAGGAGCUGCAGCAGCAUGUAAAGUCAGUGACACACCCAUGCGAGUACCUGAGGAAGUUCUGUGCUCAAACCUUGCAGAGGGAGAUGGCCGAGAGGAAGGCUGUCUACAAGCAGCACAGAUGGGAAAUGAUGGAGAAGCAGAGUCAUGGAGACACACAAGAGUCAGGAGCCAGCCCAGAGACAACUGGGCCUAGAGAGAACUUUCUGGAGAGCUCACUGUGAAGGUAGCUACUUCUGCUGCACAAUCCACACAGCCUGCUUCUCCUUUUGGGGUUGAGAGCUCAGGUGGGGUGACAAUUAUGUUUCCUGGAAACAAUUCUAAGUACUUACUACAGAGAGCAUGUGUCUCGUUUGGUGGCAGGACCCUAUUUUUCUCAGAUGUCACAGCUGAAUGUCUUUUAGAUGCUCCCCUGAGAAUGGUGGAGCUCAGUCUCCUCCACUGACUGUGAACAUUGCCCCGCGCUGACAUCUUGGUUACUUUUAACUGAAAAGGUAAGCCUAGAAAGCAAAUGGGCCAACUCCCCUUCCCACCUUAAGUCAGCACAAAGGCUUUAUCUUUCUUUCAUUUGGGAAAACACUAAUAACAUUUUAGAAUGGGAGCUAUAUCUGCUGAUGAGAGCAGACAUUUUCUGGCUAUGUCUUCAUUAAUCAAUAUUGUACCAUGAGAUCUGCUUUAAGAAAAGCAACAUUUAUUUACAUUUUUUGGAGCUUUGUUUUUUUGUUUGUUUAAAUUGUUUAUUGUGGACUAUAUAAUAUAACUCCAUUAGUAAAUUAAAUUUCCAUGUAAUCGUACUCUUCUGACAUUCUAGGUGUAACCCUAACACUUUUCAGUUAAUUUCUGAUACUUUCACCUUUUCUCAGUACUUCUGGUCAUUUUAUGCCCAUUUCUCUUCAUACAUAUUGAUAGUACUUGGGCAGAUAUGAAAGUUAAAGUAGCUAUAAAUUUACAGAACUUUAAAUGUCCAUACGACUUGAAGAAAAGGAGCAGUGCUGUUUCUUUUCAGGGUUUAUUGAUAUUCCUCCAAUCCAUGACUGUUUCUAUUUUCAAUUUUAGUCUGUGUUUACGGGAUGAGUGACUUUUUUUCUGAUGUGUACUGGGAACCCCUGAUUUAGAACUCAUUUAUAGAUUCUCAGAGCCCUACCUAUCCAGAGUCAGUUGAUAGUUAAGAAAAUUCAUAGACCAGGGCUCUGAGGUGUCUGAGCCAGCCAACCACUCAGCUUCUAAUCCAGCCUCUCAGCCAGCCAGCACCUCAGCCAGCCCAGCCUCCCAGCCCUUUUCUGGCUCAGCCUCUCACCCAGCCAUUUGGCCAGCCUCCCAGCUGGCCUUUGAGACAGCUAGCCUGUGGGUCUCUCGGCCAGCCUCCCAGGCGAUCCAUUAGUGAGCCUUCGAGGUGACCUCUAAACCAGGGAACUAGCCCACCUCUGGGCAAGAUUCCAAGCCACCCCCUUGGCAGAUCUCUCAGCCAGCCAACCUGCCAGCCAGUCUCUCAGCAAGCUUCUCAACCAGCCCGUCUCUCAGCAAGCUUCUCCAGCCAGUCUCUCAGCA